AUGCAUUGGCUACCGCUUCCUCUUCAUUUCCUCCUCCUCCUCCUGGUGCUGGGCCUUGCAACCGCCAACGACGGGUGCCAUCUUCCGCACCACCCGACAAGCGCCGCGACACGGCUCUCCGACGGCCAGAUCGAGUACAUCUUUGGCCAGCCCCGGGUGCCAGGUGCCAUCUACCGAACGUGCGUGAAGGGCGUGGUCACUUGCUUUGAAGACGACGGCAACGCCGACGGCGACGAGGACGACCCCGUGAGCUGCCACAAGGCGGACGCUCAGCGCCGACUCGGCCUUGCAACGCAGCACACGCAUCUCUUAUGGCCGCUUGCGACUCUCUGCUAUCAGAUCGAAAGUCCAUUUACGCGCACGGAGCUGGACUUGAUUCAGAACGCGAUGAACGGCAUCAUCACCCCGACAGGCGUCUCGAUGCUGACACUCGACGAGUGCAAGGCGUCGCCACGUGCGCAAGCUCUCUGCGGUGGCUGUGCGCACUACGUGUCGAUCCACCAGCGCCCGCACCGCCGCGGUACGUACGCGGCAGUCGGGUACCUCCAGACAGCGGGCCAAGCCAUCAACUUGCAGCCAAGUGCGUUCAAGCACGGGAGCGGCACCAUCAUGCACGAGAUGCUGCAUGCGUUUGGCGUCUCGCACGAGCACGUGCACCCGGCGUCCGAGGCGAUCGUUCUGCGCGGGCACAAGCUAGCAGCGUCGCGCAACAACUAUGUGCUGCGCCGAGAGGCCUUCGUGACGCAGUACGACAAGCACUCGAUCAUGCAUUACGGCCACGGCGUGUGUCUCCCCAAGAACAAGAGCGUCAAGUACUGCAACAUUGAAGAGAGCGAGGCAGACGGGUGCGUCGUCCCGACGGCCGCCGACUGCGAUGAAGAGGCGUCGUCGGUCCUUGGUCAGCGCGACGGCUUGAGCGACGGCGACAUUCGGACGCUCCAGGUGUUGUACGAGCUUCCGACGGCCACGACACAGCGCGAUGCCGACGAUGACGAGGACGUUCCUUCAUAA